AUGGAAGCCAAGACGAAAGCCCAAGACGGUUCUCUGCCAUCGACUAGCGAGAAGUCCACGCUGGUGCGCUACUUGGAAAAGAUGGACUUUCAACCUGCGGAGUCUCGUGCUCGCAAAACCGCCGUCACCAAGGCCCAUCACCUUAAAGGCGAUGAGAUUUUCCUCUUCAGUGAUCUUACCCGAGACUUCUUCAAAGCAGUCUUCAAUAAGUGGGAUAGCGGCUGCGUGGUGGCUCCUCUCAAGAAGAAGCCAAAGAUCGAGAAAGAAGACAAGGGCAUCAUCGUCGGAGAAUGGUCAAAAGAUCUCGAAGAGUCGCGUGCCUCCAAGCUAAAGCGCAAGAAAGAGGGCAAAGACGAGUCGGAGAUCAAAUACCUCCCUGGUAUGACACAGAAGAAGGCCGAGAUUCGGUGCAUCCAUCUCUACGACCAGGCUGAGAUCAUGCGGAUCGAUACGUACAACAAGAACGUUCUCGCCACUUUGGCCCGCAUAAGUAUUGUGGAAUUUUCGGAGAAUGGGAAUUCCGAGGACAUGCCCGUCCCCGUGGUCAACCUAGAUCACUUGAUUCACGACCGCCUCGCCCAACGAAAAUACGUGAAGCAGCAUCUGAUCCAGGACACGGUGGAGCAUCUUGAGCGCUUUACUGGUGUCUUCGGGGACAACUGGGAAGAAAUUCUCUUUCCCAGGAUCCUCGGAGAUAACUGGAAAGAGAAGCUCUUUGCCAGGGUCUUCGAGGGUAGCUCGAAAGAGUUGCCCUGUGCAAGCCCCUCAUCCUCUUGA